AUGGCUCCUCUUUUAUCGGCGACUCCUCCUGUUGCGCAUUGCCCUAGCUCUGCACUCGCAGUCCUAGCGAUGCCUCUCCCUACAGAGUCGUCGAUCGAGCUCACUUCCGAGCUGAAGAGGUCACCAUCCAGUGGAGCACGAGCGGCGACACAUCCGUCGAGGAGCAAGUGUGCCGGCGUGCGCGACCCCAAGUGGCUGAUCAACCGCGCGGAGGCAUUCAUCGAUGCAGACGGCUAUAUGACUAUGAUGGCGAGCAAGAGCAUCACCGAAGACGUGAAACGCUAG